AUGCUGCGAUGGGACAGACAACCACGACCUGGCAUCCUUUUCGUCGACGAUGGCCCAAUCCACCAGCCCAAGGGCAAAGCCGGCACGGCCAACAUCACCAAAAGAGACGGUGGCAGGUGCCUCAUCACUGGACUGGGCAACUCUCUCUGGUAUCCGCCCAUUGUCGCUCCUCUGCUUGCUGCUAGGAAGAUCCACGUCAGCGAGGUACUGAACCUGCCGCAACCGUUCAUACUUGCUGGGCUGAGAAAAAGCUUGCCCAGAGCUUCAAUGGCAUUCUCGGCGCUCCCGUCGGACCUGACUUGCGGGACUGGGUGCUCUCGAAACCAGUCGUUCCAAAUUCCUAUCAGAGUCACUGGCUUGUUCGCAAAUCUGCAGCAGCCGCGCUAUCGAAAGGAUUCUUUCGAAUCAAGCUUGGCAAAGGAUCCCGAAUAUGUUGUUGUUGCUAUCAGAAAUGGGGGCCCAUCUUGGCCCUCCAUCGUGGAGAAGGCUCCGCGGGUUCGCAGAGACCGUUUUGCGGAAAGGACCAUCUCUUGCGUGGAUGCUCCGGCUGCUUCUGCAUUGGAAAUCCUGUCACGAGUCGCGAAACCAAUCCGCAAAGUCCGCGGCAUCCCCCCGGGACUUUGCAUUGAUGUUCUCUGCGACGACGAGGAGGCAGCGCUCAUCCGCGACCUGCAGAGAGGCAUUGCGGAGCUGCGGGCGACACCGAAGGAGGUUGCGCCGGGGUUCGCCAUCACCAACUCUCUCGGCACGACAUGUUUUGAUUACAGAAUCAACGCCGGGCUGCACUGUGACGCCGAUCGGGGAAGCUUUGUCGGACCGUUUGUGGACGAGGACGAGUCGAACAAGACUCUCAUGGCCCGAUACGUCACCAAACCCAACCUGCGGUGGCUCAAGUUCAUGGACAAGGUGUUCAACCGCCAUGGAGAGUAUGACGCCUCGCUUCUGCCUCGACUGGAUCGUCUGUCUUCUGGCAUCGUAUCCUCGCGUGACGCAUCUCCCGACCAGCAGAUCACGUGGCACAUCUCGGAUCAGCUGUGUCUGGGCUGUCGUCACGCCGUUCAUCACGAGCGACUGAAUCACCUGGUUCUCCUUCCCGCUCCCAUCCGGUCACGGUUUAUAUCGCCUAGCCUCAUACCCCGGCUCCAUGUCCGACAUCACGCUGGAAUUGCCUGGCCAAGCCAUCUCGCCCACUUCACAGCGUCAACCGGCUCCGCGAGCACAUGUCGCGCCCCGCCAGCCACCCAAGAAGAAGCAGCCAACGAGGCAAAAGCCGAACACGGCAAACACAGCUCUCCACAUUGUACCCCGGGACUCAAGUCCAUGACCUGCCCCCAGGUGACCUCGAUCCCAUAA